UUACAAUCACUACAAUAAUAAUACAGAGUGCCGCGAUAACAUGAAGGACAAGUAUAUAGCUCACAAUGUUCACCAGCAAAGCAACCAUUGCAGUCACAAUCUGCGCAUUGAUUUAGGGGAUCCUCCACAUCGUGCACAAGAAUCAUUAUUUUGUGAUUGUGAAGGACAUGUUAAUCCUCCACAUUGUGCACAAGAAUCGUGA